CUGCCUGCGGCUCGCCACACCCGCGGCGCCGCCAGCGAGCGCAGGGAGGGACCCGCUCGGGCGGAGAGGCGGGCUUCCGCCCGGAUUGACGGCCGGGGCAGCCAUCCCGCGCGCGGGAAGGGGGAGAAUGACGCCGGAAGGAGCCAAUCUGCUGGCGCUGCUGCGGCGCGGGUGGGCCAGACGGCGCGGUGAGCUGCUGGUGUUGGCUGCAGUUCCUCAGGCUUAGAAUGGAAAAAGUGAAUACGUGAGAUUGUCUGGCCAUGGGAAGGAGAAGAUACCUGCUCCAAGGGUGCCAGUGCUGGCAGCAAGAUCAAUGGAUCUCUUCUAUUCCAGGAGACAUGGAGGUCUAUUUGUGGUUGGAGCUACCUACCUAGAUAAAAUAUAGAUCAGUCUGCUGUGAACAUACCUCCCUUCAAGAAGACUGAUUGAUGGCUUAGUUUGCUCUGAACGUUAUCCGAUGAGCCUUUUCGUUAAAUUAAAAACCAAAACCAAUAUUUUUCUGGUUUCUUGGUUUGGCUUGGAAUUUUUUUAUCCCCUUCUCUGUCAAUUCAGAGCCAUGUUUGAAGUUGAUAUGAAAGAACGAGAUGAUGGCAAUGUUACUAUUAGUAAUCUAUCACCCAAGGCAGUGAAAGCUUUUCUUGAUUACGCUUACACAGGAAAAACAGAGAUAACAAAUGAUAAUGUGGAAAUGCUCUUCCAACUGUCAUCAUUUCUUCAAGUUUCCCUCCUUUCAAAAGCUUGCAGUGACUUUCUAAUAAAAAGUAUUGAUCUUGUGAAUUGCUUACAGUUGCUUUCUCUAUCAGAAAGUUACGGUUCUGUCCGCUUAUUUGAUCAUGCACUUGAUUUCGUACAGCACCACUUUUCCUUACUGCUUAGAUCAAGUGAUUUUUUGGAGAUGAAUUUUGAGAUAUUACAAAAAUGUCUGGAGGCUGAUGAACUAGAUGUGCCUGAGGAAGAAUCGGUGUUGAAAGCUGUCCUUCAAUGGACUAAACACAACUUAGAAACAAGACAGAAAUACCUGCCUAAUUUGAUUAAAAAGGUGAGACUACACCAGUUACCUGAGAAGACUUUGCAGGACUUUCUACAUUCUGAAGAACUCUUACUUAAGAGUGCUAAUUGCUCAGUAAUAAUCAAUGAUGCAGUUAAAAGUGUGCAGAACUUUAGUGGACUGUUUCCAGAUGCACGUCCUUCAACAACAGAAAAAUACAUAUUUGUUCAUAAAACUGAUGAAGAUGGAGAAAACAGACAUACGUUCUGCUAUAACAUCAAAACAGAUAAAUGGAAGGAACUGCCCCAUACGCACAUGAUUGAUCUUCCAGGGUCAAGUUUAUCUAGCUACGGAGAAAAAAUAUUUAUAACUGGAGGAUGCAAAGGGAAUUGUUAUAGGACAGUCAGGCUUCAUAUUGCUGAACCAUUUCAUGAUGCCACUGACCAAACCUGGUGCUACUGCCCAGUCAGCAAUGAAUUCUCCAUAGUGUCAGCUAUGAAAAAACCGAGGACAAUGCACACAUCUGUUGUAACCUUAAAUCAGCUGUUUGUAAUCGGUGGAAAGACCAGAGGAGCUCAAGAAACCCGAAGUCUUUUGGAUGUAGAAUCCUAUAAUCCUCUUUCCAAAGACUGGAAAUCUGUAAGCCAAUUACCAAGAGGUAUCUAUUACCCAGAAGCAAGUGCAUGUCAGAAUAUAAUUUACGUCCUUGGCUCAGAAGUAGAGAUCACUGAUGCCUUUAAUCCAUCUCUUGACUGUUUCUUUAAGUAUAAUGCUAUGACUGAUCAAUGGUCUGAGCUUGUUGCAGAAUUUGGGCAGUUUUUCCAUGCAACACUAAUCAAAGCUGUUCCAGUGAAUUGCACAUUGUACAUAUGUGAUCUCUCCACCUACAAGGUCUACAGUUUUUGCCCAGAAACCUGUGUUUGGAAGGGGGAAGGAUCUUUUGAAUGUGCUGGUUUUAAUGCAGGGGCAGUUGGGACAGAAGACAAAAUUUAUAUAUUGGGCGGUGAUUAUGCUCCAGAAGAAAUCACAGAUGAAGUUCAAGUCUACCAUAGUAGUAGGUCUGAGUGGGAAGAAGUUUCACCAAUGCCAAGAGCCUUAACUGAGUUUUACUGUCAGGUCAUUCAGUUUAAUAAAUAUAGGGACCCCUGGUCAUCUGUACUUACCAUUUGCUCUGGAGAAUUUUGAAACUCCUGAGUCUAAAGAAUCUACUUAAAUGCACAAGUAUUAGAACAGAUUUUUUUGGUAUUAAUUUACAGAUGGAGAAAUAUGUACUGUUUUAUUCAAAUCUUCAGUUUAAAUUGUAUGUUAUAGAAUUGCUUUUGGAAGAGUCCAUUGUCACUCAUGAUAGUCAUUAUAUAGAAAGUAUUACUUAAUUUUUUAAGCAAGGCUUCUCUGUAAUUAUCUGAAUUGUUUGAAAAAUAUUACUUUUCCAAAAAGCAUAAUAAUGAGGAGUUCAUUGUGUAGUAUGUGCCAUUAUUUCUGUAGUGUUCACGGUUGUCCCAGUAGACAAAUUGCUGAGUGAGAAAACUGACUGUGAUACUGUUUUCCCUAUGUAACUGAAGUUAAAAAAAAAAAAAAUGAUAUUACUGUCAUUUUAUUUAGGUUUUAUAUCCAUAUACCUGUAAGAAUUCAUUGUCAGCUUUAUCUUAAUAGAAUAACCUUAGCAAGGGCAAAAGCCAAAGUGACCUUCACAGCAUUAAACCCAGGUAUCUAACUUGAAGAGACCGAUAUUUACUAUCAUGUUACUUCAGCUCUUCAGUUUCACCAGUUUUUCUCCAUCCUUGUGCCUUAGUAGUAGCUGUACUUCCCGUUUUCAUCCCAUUAACUGCAGCAAGAUAAACUUCGGUAACAUACUGCAGGAUGGGCAAGAUUUCUACAGGAUGGAUAAUUCAUGUGGUAUCUUUGCUUCAGUCAUGCUGUUAACUAAAGAAAAACCACUUCAGGAUGUUUUCUAACAGAAGUCUUCCAUCUCUGAGGUCUCCAGUGCUACCUACUAAGCAGCCUCUAGCUGUACAGUAAAUUUUAUUUGUUACUUCGGUUAACUACGGGAAAAGUUUGUAUCUUGUCGUGUAUCAGAAUCAAAGCCACAGAAAUCCUUGUAUUUCAAGUCAAAGUAAAUAGUAUUUGUGAGGUGAAAGAAUUCCUUUUUAAAACUUCUAUAGUGGUUUAAAUUGAAACACUUUAUCUUGUACAUCAUGGUAAUUUUAAGCAUUAAAAUACUACAGGGUAAACAUGACACAGUAUAUUCCUUGAUAUACUUUCAGUAGUCAUCUGUUAUAAUGUUAAAAUUGUAAUGGACUUUUAGUAUUAAUAUUAGUCUAGGCAUACCCUGUGAAGUAAAUUUGACCCCAUGAAGUGAAAGUCAGACCUGUGUCCUACAGAAGGACACUGAAACUACCUAGGUUUCAUAAAUUAAUUUGUAAUCUUCCACAGCCUGAGAAUUUUCUUUCUUACCAGCUAUUUGAAUAAGAUAUUGGGAGCCCUUAAUGUUCCAUGUAAGUAUUGUUUAAGCACUAGGGUUGUCUUAUGCCACUCAGAAUAGUUCUAAACAUCUAAGCACAUCUUCUCCAAGCAGUCUAAAAUGGAAUGAAACUUAGUGAGGUGUCUAAAACUUCUUUCAUGUGGCUUGAGACAACCACCGUAAGUCAACGUCACAUCACUGCUGCAUGUACUUUUGGCAGAACUUGGGCUCAGCAUUAAUACUCAAAGCUGAAUAUUGCCUAGCAGCAUAUUUCUGUUUUAAACAGUAAACAAUGGGAAGAUCCAAUUCUGUGAUUGACUAUAGUUU